UAAGCAGAGCGACUUCCGGUCUAUUUGAAAGCGGCUUCUCUGGGCGGAAAAAAAGAAGAGGGGCUGAGUGGGCGGGGCUGGCUGGUGCACGUGCGUCUCGGCGGCUGCUUUCCCUGGCGCGUCGCGCACGCUUUCUCUUCCUUUCUAAUGUCUGCCUUCGCUAUGGAGCUGCCGCUGCCUUCCCCUUCUGUAGGUGCUGAGCCGAUGACACUGGGCUCCCCUACCUCUCCGAAGCCUAGCGCCGGCGCUCAGUUUCUCCCUGGGUUUUUGAUGGGCGAUUUGCCAACGCCGGUGUCACCACAACCUCGCUCCUUAAGCGGCCCUGCCAUUGGUGUCCUGGAAAUGAGGUCGCCCUUGGUUGCCGGUGGAUCUCCUCUACAACCAGUAGUUCCAACACAUAAAGAUAAAGGUGGUGCUCCACCAGUUAGAAGUAUAUAUGAUGAAGUAGCUAGUCCUGGCCUGGGAUCAACACCCUUGUCUUCAAGAAGACCAGCCAGUUUUUCUGUAAUGCAGAGCCCAAUUGUUGGAGCUAUGCCAACAACUCCAGGAACAGGUGCAAAUGUGUUUAGUCCAGCAAGUCUUGCACAACCUAGGAAAACUACAAUGUCUCCAGCUCAGCUAGAUCCAUUCUACACUCAAGGAGAUGCCCUAACAUCAGAAGAUCAUCUUGAUGACACUUGGGUUACUGUAUUUGGGUUUCCACAAGCAUCAGCGUCAUACAUCCUAUUACAGUUUGCACAGUAUGGAAACAUCUUAAAGCAUGUGAUGUCUAACACAGGAAACUGGAUGCAUAUUCGAUAUCAAUCAAAACUUCAGGCCCGGAAAGCCUUGAGCAAAGAUGGAAGAAUUUUUGGUGAAUCUAUCAUGAUAGGAGUGAAACCUUGUAUAGAUAAAAGUGUGAUGGAAAACAUAGAUAGAGGUCCUACAUCAUCCCCAACCUCAGUCUUCACGCCGCCAAUGCAAACACUAGGUACACCAGUGCAGCCUUCAAGUACACAGAGGAUUUCCACUAUGAGACCUCUUGCUACAGCAUAUAAAGCUUCAACUAGUGAUUACCAGGUGGUUACUGACAGACAAACUCCCAGGAAAGAUGAAAGCAUUGUGUCCAAAGCUCUGGAGUACAUGUUUGGCUGGUAGUCAGAAGAAAAACGAGUAUCUGUGGCUAGAGCCUAUAGUAGACUGCCAGCAUUUCUGGUUAGUUGUAUAACCGUUCAUGGUAGCACUUCAAACAUCAGCUCUGCCUUCUGAACAGAAUUUGGCACACAUGUAAUUUGCACUUUAAUCAACAUCUGGAUCUAUGCUUGACUACUAAGAAAUUGAAUGGUUGCAAUCAUUGUUCUGUGCUCUGUCUGCUGUGGUGAUUGCAUGACUUGGGUAAGCAUUGACUUUUAACAAACAGGUCUUGGGUCCAGGAAAUGCUAACACUGCAUAAUUUCCCAGUAGUAGGAUUCUCUUUCUAUCUGGAAAGAUGGUGUUGUUAGCUGGAGGGUAAGUUAUGUAGACUACUGUAUAAAGAAACUGAGAUACAGUGUCAAUUUUAAACCAAAUAUUUUAGUUUAAACGCUUUCCCAUAAGUAAUCAGUGUUUAUAUAAACUCUGGUCAAGUUGAUUCUAAUACGUACAAGUGUUCCAAAACUGUUUUUUAUAUCUUUCUUAAUAAAAUUUGUGGUGCUAUAGCUUUGUGAGCUGACCAUAGUUUGUACAUCUCCUACAACUUUAUACAGAUAUCACUGCUAGUGAAUUUGGUAUGCACAUCAAUAAACAAAUAUCUUCCUAGGCACAAUCGGUGUACAUUGUUGCAUAGUUCCACUUUCAUUUGCACACAAGUCGACAAUGAAAUAAAUUAUUAAAAAGCUGACAAAAUAUAAUCAGUUAUGUCCAACAUCUAGGACUUUUUCUGGAAAGUUUAUAGUUCUUACCUUAUGUUCUGUGACACAAUUUGGCAUUGUAAUAUGAAAUCUCUACAUAGUUUUCAAAUGUUCUAUUUGGAACAGAUAAUCCAAUGUCAUUGAUUUUAUUUCUAAAAAUAUUAUAUCUUGUAUUUCUUUCAUAGAAAGUAAAAGUUAAGAUUUCCCCUUUGAUGCGCU